AUGAGUGCCACGAUACUUCUCCCUGGUCAACCCCUACCUUCCAACCUCGUUACCCCUCCAUUACCCCAGUGUGGACCAGGAUGUUAUGCGGUAGACGGUAGGAUAUUAGCUAGUGUGGUCGGUGUACCUCAGAGGAAUGGCUCGGUGGUAAGCGUGAUAGGCAGGGAAGAAAGUGGGAAUACGCCUGAUGUGGGGUCUAUCGUUAUUGGAACAGUAUCACGUCUAACAACCCAACAAGCUCAUCUCACACUGACAACAUCGAACGAUCGACCUUUACCCGAGACGAGCGAAGAGUUCCAGGGAGUGAUACGGAUAGGUGAUAUACGGUUGACGGAGAGGGACAAGAUCAAGAUGGGAGAUUGUUUUAGGCUGGGUGAUUUGGUCAAGGCGAAAGUGCUCUCACUGGGUGACGCAAGGAGUUAUUACCUCUCUACAGCGGCCAACGAAUUGGGCGUGAUGUAUGCUGUCUCAGAAGCUGGAAAUCCGUUGUUACCGGUAUCGUAUCAGGAGAUGGAAGAUGAGUUGACAGGUAGGAGGGAGAAAAGGAAGGUAGCUAAACCUGAGGGUAUAUAG